AUGCGCGAAACUGGUCAAUUUCGUUUUCCGGCUCAAAUAGUCUCUUACAAGACGAGAGAAAAUAUUGAUGAUGAUUUUUAUACGAAAGAUGAGCAGGACGUCAAUUUAAAAAAGUGCAAAAGAUAUAACUUCUACGAUUUAAAAAUUUGCGAGCAACUCUGUUCGAAAAUCCACAAAGAAGAUGUUGCUCUUUGUCGCCAAAUCUGCCGAUCGCAUUUGAGCGAAAAAGGAGAAAUAAAUGAAAUCUGCCCUUUUGAGAAACUCUGUCCUGCUGGUUGCCCUUGUAUUUACUAUCAGUGCGAGCACGUGGAUACAAAUCAAGUUCCUCUCGCUUGGUACUACCAAGGGAAUGACCCUCUUUUCGACGCGAUAAAGACGACAAAUGACGAGACCGCUUCAACAACCAUGGAUCAAGUUAUGUUUGAUCCGAGUGAGCCUGCACCUAGAUUGAGACAGGUCUUUUCAAGGCUAGCCUCUGUCGAUCCAAAAACGCUGAAAUUAAAACAGAUCUACGAGCGAGUUCUCUUCUACAAAUUUUGGUACAACCACUUUUACAAAAUAACGCCAGAAUGCCUGAAAAGUUAUCGACCAGACUUUAUUCUCAGCCUUGAUUACAACCCGAUUAUUGCGCUCUACCUCAAAGGAAGAAACUAUCUCGUCGACCCUGAAUUCAAUACUAAUAUGAUUAAUGAUGAAAAGGAGGCGCUCUUGAUCGAUUUGGGAGUUGAGUCUGAAGCGAUGCUUUCAAGAUAUGGAGUGACGAAUCGUCUGAUGUUUAAUGGAAAGGGAAGCUCCGUCGCUGCAGUGUUCGAUGAUCACUUUUAUUUUUGCUCGACGAUCAAAUACAGAAACUACUGCUUCUAUUUCGACCCGCUGACUCGCGGACGAAAAAGAAUCCUCGAAGCAAGAGGAAGAAUCAAAUCACGUGAACACGACACUCGAAAACACGCUUUUGUCUUCAACGAAAAACUGAAUAUUCUAUCUGUCGAUUCUAUAGCUAGCCAUAAUAUACAGCUUCAAAGAAUGGAAAGAAGAUAUCGCGAUUGGACCGUUAGCUAUUACGAAGACCCACUUUGGGAGAAGGAAUUUAGGAAUGACUCGCAUGGUGAAAUAGUUGGAUCGCAGAUUACUCAACUGCCAUUUGACACAGUUAUUAACGACUUCUAUCCGAUUCCAGGACUGGAAAGCUCUUUCAAAGUCAAGUAA